AUGAUGCCAAAUGGUAGGGCUAAUGGAGUGCCUGAGGCACAAGAAGAUCGGGAUGAUAGGGUGGUAUUGGGAGCGCCGAAUAAUGAAGCGGCGAAUGAAGCAGGAGAUGAUGGAAAUGAAGAGCUCGGAAUGCCGAAUCUCGGAUUGCCGAAUGGUUACCAUCAUGAGGGCGAUGAAGAUGAAGUGCCAGAGGAUCCGGAUGAUUGGCAGGAAGGUUCCUCAUCAGAGAGCGAAGUAUGGAGAGUAGAUGGUCGCGAUUCACCGGAGGGUCCGCAUCAUCCGGUCCUAGGGUUAGGCGCCCGUCCCCUAACCCGUAGGGAAGACAUGCUACUCUUCCUUCGCUUAAACGCACUCGAACGGGCGCUAGAGGCGGCGGAAGAUGAAAACGAAUUUGAUGAAGAUGAAGAGGUGGCACCUCUACUGGGGCCGAACGCUGAAUUCCGCAGUGUCCGCCCUCGGCUAGGGUGUGUGGCGUGA